AUAGCGAGUGAGCCCAGCAUCCGGAAAUCAAAAUUCAAAUUCUUGCCUGCGAGUGAGCUCAAUAGAGUAGUAUAUAUAUUAAAACCAGACAAGACAACGUGAAGUGUGUGUGAAUGGAAUCUCAUCCAAAUCCAAACUGAAAAACAAAAACAAAUCUAUUCACGAUCUUCGCGUGUUCUUCACCCCUUCUCAUUCCGUGAUUACUUGACAAAAAUCAACAUCUUCACCAGAUAGAACAACCUCCAGUCAAAUUCGCUGAUAAUUUCUCCAAAAUCUGCAGUUUCAUCUUCGAAUUCUUCACAAAUACGAUGGAUGCGUCUGUUGAGUAUAGAGAAGAGGAUGUGAGCUCUGGAGAGAUUAACGAGAAGGAGAAUGGUGAUGACGUGUCGUUGUUUGUUGAUUUUGUUCAGAAAUCGAAUCCGAUUCAACUUACAUUAGACUCUGAAUCUGAGAACACAUUGAUACCUGAAACAAAAGCAACAUUACAUGGUCAAGAUCCUGGCGCUGAUGAUUUGUUGAAUUUUCGGAACAACAUCACAGACUAUGAUUGCAGGGUCCUGCGUCGUAACCCAGUACCCCCACUGGAAAUGGAUGAACAUACAACGCCUGCAGAUCACAUUUUCAUAUCUAAUGGCCAAUCAAAUUCUCCACAGCCCAAACUAGAACACCCCCCUGCAGAUUGCACUCCUACAACCAGUGUAGCACCUAAACUUCCAACAUCAUUCUCUAAUGGUGUAAAAUCUUCGAAUGUUGCCAUUAGAAGACCAUCGCCGACAAGAAAAGCUCCAUCAACAACAGCAAAACCAUUAAGAUCAUCCACCCCAACAUCUCGAGCCGCUGUUACUGCCGCCACAAAGCCAAUGGCCCCUAUAAAAAGAUCCACAACCCCUACGCCCCGACCAUCUAUACUUCCUGCUGCCAAGUCAGCGUCAAGAUCAUCAACCCCAACUCCACAACCCCCCAAAAUCGCUGUUGUGAAGUCGGCAUCAAGAUCAUCAACUCCAACUCAACGACCCUGCGUAGUUUCGGCUUCCAAGUCAACAUCAAGAUCAUCAACCCCGAUUCAGCGGCCCUCAAUAGUUGCAGUUUCCAAGUCAGCAUCAAGAUCUUCAACUCCAACGUCCCGGCCAUCUAACCCUUCUGUUUCAUCAGCAAUGAAAUCACGUGGUAUUUCUCCAUCAGUUAAAUCCAGACCAUCGAAAAAUCCACCAGAGAUGCCUGAACGGUCUGCAGUUAAAUUGCCUAUGGCUGAAACUAACUUGAAAGCAGUACCGAAGAGGACCUCUUGCUCUCCUUCUAAAAGGGUGGUUUCGAACGGUGGUGGUACUAACGUUCUGAAAUCUGGGAUAACUAGGGGCCAUGGAUAUCCGAACGCUAAUGGUGAUGAUGAUGUAAACCCUGUGUUGAUGGGUACUAAAAUGGUUGAAAGGGUUGUAAACAUGAGAAAGCUGGCCCCUCCCAGAGAAGACGACAUCUCUAAUCAGAAUAAUACGUCGGGGAAGUUGUCCAUAUCCCAAGAGAACUCGGGCUUUGGAAGAUCACUGUCAAAGAAAUCAUUCGAUAUGGCUAUGAGACAUUUGGAUAUAAGGCGAAGCAUGCCUGGCAAUAUGCGUGCAAUGAUCACAAAGAUUCCGGCUUCUUCUGUGUAUAGUGUGAGACCAGAAUCAACUAAAACCGAACCGUCAAUACCUUAGACUCUUCUCUUGCAACAAGCAGUAGUGAGAACGGGCAUUCUUAUCACCAAUGAUCGGGUGGUGUUCCACGUAAACCGUAAUUCUGUUACUUUAUUUGUAGCAAACUUAUUUUAUGGUUGCACUAGAAAGGGACCUGCCGUUGUUAUAGCAUUUGAUAGGUGCAACUGGAUUUAUCUAUUUCAAGAAUCCGUUUGCGUUAGGUGGUUUGAAUGCUUUGCUGAUUGAAAAAAAAAAAAAAAAAAAAAAAAGCUAAAGAAGCUUUCAAUGUUUAGUAACUAGGAAGGGUUAAUGUUCAUGCAGCAACGAACUACUGUUUGUAAAAUAUGUUUCUCAUUUCCGACAGUUCAAAUAUUCUCUUUAAAAGG